CGCAUCAGUGCUCUUGGGAGCACGCGUUGCACCAGUUUAAGCGACUCAUCCUGCUGUCGAAGCUCCGACAUGAACGGUGCUUUGGUAUUUUUCCUCGUUGCUUCGGUUUGCUUCGUCGCUGCUGAAAAAUCGUCCGAUGAUCAACCCUUAGUCGCUGCUCCGAUAGGAAAAAUUCGUGGUUCCAUACUGACUUCUAGAUUAGGGAGAAAGAUCUAUUCGUUUCGCGGCGUGAGGUAUGGAGAACCGCCUACCGGGCAUCAACGUUUCCAACCUCCGAUCCCAGCGAAGGAUUGGGAAAACUUUUUCGAUGCAUCCGAGGAAGGGCCCAGCUGUCCUUACCCCGACGGAGUUCUACAGUCGGAGGACUGUUUGCGUUUGAACGUGUACACUACUAAGUUGCCGAGCAAAACGGAGAACGUGUCGAGGCCGGUUAUGAUAUUCAUACAUCCGGGCGGGUUUUACAGUUUCUCGGGCCAGAGUGUUCUGUGGGGACCGCAAUACAUAAUGGAUCAAGACAUCGUCUUGGUCACGAUCAAUUAUCGUAUCGGAGUGUUAGGUUUCCUAAGUACCGGUGACAGCUUGCUGCCAGGCAACAUGGGCCUGAAGGACCAGGUUGCAGCUUUUCGUUGGGUUCAAAGGAAUAUCGGCGCGUUCGGUGGCAAUCCGAACUCCGUUACCUUGGUGGGUGACAGCGCCGGAAGUUUCAGUAUAAUGCUGCACAUGGUGUCGCCGAUGUCCACAAACCUGUUUCACAGAGCAAUCUGUAUGAGCUCUUCGGCUAUGGGUCCGGAUCCUUAUUCCACUAUUUCGCAAAAUGGGCAGAAAGAGCUCGCUAAAAAGCAGGCGGAACUGAUAGGUUGUCCCACCGAUACGACCGGUUCCAUGUUACUUUGCUUCUACUCCAAACCGGUGGAGAACUUUACCAACACGCUUGAUUCCUUAUUUGAUUGGUACCAAGCUCCUGUCGUGCUCCUGAAGCCAACCGUGGAACCAGAAUCUAGCAAAACCGAGAGAUUCUUAACAGCACAACCGUACGAUUUGAUCGUUCAAAGAAAGUUCACGAAUGACGUACCUCUUAUUCUCGGUGUUACGCAAGGCGAAUUUGGCGGAAUAGCUUAUUUAUACACCGAUCCCAUGCUUCGCGAACUGGAUCAAAAUUGGACCACUCUAGCGCCGAUCGUGUUUCAGUACGAACGCGACACCCCGCGUUCGAAUUAUAUCAGCAAAGAGUUGCGCAAGUUUUAUUUCAAAGAUCAGCCCAUCGACAAGAACAACCUGAAGGGUCUCCACGAUAUAUACACCGAUUCCAUAGUUACAUUCCCGAUGUACAGAGCAGCGAAAUUGUUUGCCACGUAUUCUGAUCGACCUGUGUACUUCUAUAAGUUCACGUACCAAGGACGAUACAGUUUUCGAAUGUACAACGACACGACUCCAAUUGAUGUGGAUCAUCAGGAUGAUCUGCAGUAUAUUUUCUACAUAAAACAAUUGUUCCCGUACUUUGAGAGCAAUGCGCCUGAAAUUCCAAUGGUGGAGAUCAUGACAAGUAUCUGGCCCAGCUUCGUGAAGACCGGUGAACCGAUACCCAAGGACAACGAUAAACUGAAGAACGUUAAAUGGUCCACAUACGUGCCCGCGCAAACCAAUUUCUUGGACAUAAAUCUACGGCCGACUAUGAAAAACGUCUUCUUCCCUGAGAGAAUGCGCGAAUGGGAGAAACUGUUUCCCUUGCCCUCGGCUUCAAAAAUGGUCAAGCACUAACGCCGAUCAUUUAAUGAUAUAUAUUAAGGGGCGCGGUAGCGGCCCGAAGGCAAGUUUGAGGCCCGUCAUAUAUUACUGUAUUGUGUAAUGGUGUUGCAAUAAACAAGAAAAUAUAAGAAA